UUAGGGGGGCGGGAACACCAGUUGCAAUCAAUAACACCCAGUAGGCAAAGAAAACCCCCCUUGAGAAAACAAAACACGCAAAUGCAAAAACGGUGUUCCAAAAACUCAUUAGUUAAAGGAGUGAAAGAAAAAGUUGGCCCAGACAAACUCAAGUGCCGAAAUGUUUUGGCCGUAGCGCAUUUCCGCAUUCCACUGCUGUCCUUGGUCGGCGCCCACCCACCCACUGACACUCCCCCCUUUUUGUUUGGGGAUAGGCCUCCUUUCGGACCGACCAUUUUAUUGCACUUUGCGUGACCUUAACCAUUUGGAGCGGUCCGUGUCAUGACACGGUUCUAUAUGUACGCAAGACGUUAUCUAACUGGAACUGGAAUUCACUUAGUUAAAUUAGCAGCCAGGGAUGCCCUGGAUUAAGUUUAGUUACGACUUGGGUGGGUUCUGGCUAAUACCUAUAUGUAUUUGAGAGCUUGAACUCUGCUGACCCGCAAGGGGAUUCCAUGGUUUGCUAGCCCUGGUCUAGACUCCUUGUUUGGACAGUUGGAAAAGCUGCCGCAUUUCCAUUUAAGGCUCCAACACGUACGACACGCGCUUCGUCGCCGUUAGAACGACCUUAUAUACACAUACGCAACGAUGUCGGUGGCCGGUCUUCGUCAAUGUCUGCUGCUCUGGAGCGUCGACUACUGGAACUUGGAAGUCAUGGCUGAAAAUGUCUUCAAGUCGCACGAUAUCGGGCUGCGGGCGCAGAAGAAAAUCCUCUCACGCAUGGCCACCAAAAACAUCGCGAAGACCUUUAUCGAUGGGACGACGGCCUCGCUGCUGGACAACCUGUACAGGCUGUGCAAGAUGCACACCGGAAACAAGGCCAAGGCGGAGAAGUUGAUCAAGAACAUCAUCAAAAUCGUGAUCAAGAUCGGUGUUCUCCACCGGAACAAUCAGUUCAGCGAGGAGGAGCUGCAAAAGGCGGAGAACUUUAAGAGAAAGUUUCAGAACACCCAGCUCUCCAUCAUAUCAUUCUACGAGGUGGACUUCACCUUCGACCUGGCCUACCUGCAAAAGUCAAUAGCCGAUUCGCAAGUGGCGCUGAAGUCGAUUGUGCAGCCGCAUCUCACAGAGAAAUCGCUGGGCCGCAUCGACGAGGUGUUCGAUUUCUUCGGGGAGGAGACGCUGCUGGAAACGGCUUUCCGAUCGGACUCCCCCUAUCGCGAGGUGAUGGGAAAGAUUGUGGCAGACAUAAAUGCUGCGAUGGAAACGGGCGACAUCUGAGGAGUACCGGCAACCGAACUGAGCUGUCAUUGCGUGCUAUGAAAGAAAGGCUAUCAUCAAAACCAAAAAGCCGACAGUAGCUAGUUGCGAAUGGAAAAUGCUUGCUUAAAAGCCCACCCACCAACACCAAAUUACAAAGUCUAGAUAUAGAUAUGAAACAGCAGCGACAGUAAGGGAAUGGCUGGGAAUGAAGGGAAAAAAGACAUGUGUUUAAACAAGAGUUUAAUUUAGUUUAACUAGUGAUAUACCAUUGACAACAAUAUCAAAAGUGUAAAGACGUCCGUAUUGAUUAUUUUGAUGACAACGUUAACAUUUGUGUACUCAAGGUCUAUAUAGUAAUAAUUAGGAGAAACCAAAUGCAUUUCGCCAAAGGAAUUAACCAAACGGAAAUUGUAAACUCGAGCAAAAUGCUUUUAUCGGUGUGUAAGUCGUUGAUCGUAUGCGUGCGUGUAACUUUAUAUGUGUAAGUCUAAGUGUUAAAUGGAAAAUACUUCAGCACAUAAGCAAUUAUUCGUGGUCUAAUUUUUGAUACUCUUAAAACUCGCUGUAUCCAAUCGCAAUUACCUGUAUAUGUACCCCACAAACACCGUCUUAGUCAGACCCCUACGUACUUAACUGAUCGUUGCUGAUCGGAAUCACCUAAAUCACCUGUAAGCAUUAGUCCAUGCUAAGUUGUUUAUUCUAAGUUGUCACCAUAACCUGUUUACACCGCGACUUCUUUUGUCUGAGAGUCUGGUUCGCACAUUAAUUUGUAUUUCUAUAUGUAUUCCAAGCCUCAAAGGGGUCAGUAACCUUAAGCAUUAUUUAUGAUACUCCCACAAUGAUAUUCCAACAGCCCGAAACAUAUCGAAACUAUCUGAAAUCAAACAACGCUAAAGGGGACAAUAAGUUGUUCGAAUUUUUCAAUAACUUCUGGAUCGAUAUUUCAAGCGGAGGAAGCACAAUUUUAGUCGUUUAGAUUUUAAAUAUUUAUUUGUUUACCAACAUAACAAUGUUGACUAUAAAAAUAAAAGCAACAAUUACCAAAAA